AUGCGACACUUCAGCAAGAAGAAGGAUGUCGAGGAUCUUCGAUCAGUGGUGUCUUUUGCGGGCGAUGAGUUCGAGCUGGACCUCUAUCAUCCGGUGGGCCAACUCGCUUCCAGCAGCAGUGGACUGUUGUUGUGGAGCCGGAGUGGCCGGGUGACGAAGCAACUCCAAGACCUGCGACGAGGAGUGGUGCGAGUGCUGGAAGUCGAGGUUUGGGGCACCGUGCAGUCUCAAGAGCUCCACGAGGCCCUCUCGAGUGGAGUUCCGCUGGGCGUGUCUGGCUUCAACAGGACGUACUCAGCAAACGUGGUGCAGGAGGCCUGCCUGGUGCCAGAGUCCCCACUACAAGAACUGCGAAGCCGUGUGCUGGUGUCCUGUUCCAAUGGCAGGGCCAAUAUUCCAGCCAUGAUUGAGAAAUGUGGCUACAAAGUGGCCGCUGUCAAGCAAGUGCAGGUGGGAGGCUUCUCUUUGGGGCAGAUGCAAGAAGGUCAGUUGCAAGCAGCCACCCCUGAAGAGGAGGCCUUCCUGUUUCAGAGUAUCCUGAAGGCUUUCUACCUGAAGGAUCUCAGGUGGAGGCCGCGACAGAUGCGCGCAGAGGUGCCGGAACACUGGCGCCACCAUAAGCUCGUUGUGACCAUGUCAGAUGGGGCGCAUAAGAUCUUUGUGGGCGGGCUCCCCCAGGAUUGCCCACAGGAGAUGCUUUCCGAUUACUUCGGCAAAUUUGGUAAUAUCACUGACGUGGUGGUGAUGACCGACCGCAUGACAGGCCGAUGCCGAGGCUUUGGCUUCGUGACCUUCGACACUGCAGACGCAGUAGAGGCGGUGAUGGGGCAGCACGGAGAGCACCAGAUCCUUGGGAAGUGGGUGGACUGUAAGAGAGCUACGCGUGAAGGCAGCAAAGGUCGACCAGACGAGGUAUUGGGUGUCGCCUGA